ACAGCAAAGCACAAAAACCCGACAGCACUCACUGAUAAGUGUAAUACUUUUUAAUAUAGUGGAUUGCACAGCAGCAGUCGAACGAAUAGCCGUCCUCAGCGUUAAAUGGUUUGUGGGCGUGUGUCCCUUUUAACAGAGAGCUGGUUCAGAUUAACAUUGCAACCUCAGUGAUACAUCGAAUAGUCUAAAUAUAAUUAAAAAGAUUAGAAUGUAUAUGUAUGUAUGUGUACAUGCCCGAAAGUACCUGUGCGUUUGUGCCAUGAGUUCUCCAUCAGAGCGGGUGUUCAGCACCGCGGCCGAAGUUGUCAAUCCACCACGUGCGCUGCUCCAGCUGGAAAAAGUUAACAUGCUGGUUUUUCUGGCGAAAAACCUUGAAUAGUUUUGAAGCAUAGGAUGCUGCUAUAGUUAUCAUUAUACUUUGUUUUUAUGUCAUUUUCAAUGAGGAGUAGCCUGUUCUGACGGACAGAAAAGCUCGGACUUGGAGAGGGUGAACUUUUCAAACUAAAGGUUAUGAAAGCGGCAGUAGUGAGAGUGCUGACAACAGCAGCAGUGAUGAAGACUUUACUACUGCAAGAAGGAAAUCAGCUGCUACUACAAAAAGAAAAAGACUAAAGGUAGCAUGGAAGAUGGCGAAGCAAGAGAACUCUGUAACAGACGAUCCAGUUAGGCAAGGUGCUCCUCUGGGUGCUGAUGAAGUCAGACUGCCCAUUCAAUACUUCAGAGACUUUUUUGAUGCUGAUCUUUUGGGUAGUAUUGUAGAACAAAGCAAUCUGUAUUGCACACAACAAAAUCAAAAUUGUGCCCUCAAAUUGGAUCACAAUGAACUGGAGCAGUUUAUUGGCACUGUAGUGUACAUGAGUGUUUUGCAUUUACCUAGGCCAAGAAUGUACUGGUCCAGUGCAUGUCGAGUAUCACAGGUGGCUGAUGUGAUGUCCCGAGACAGAUGGGAAGAAAUAAUACAUUUCAUUCAUUUCAGUGACAACAUGGCACCCAAUAACGGUGAUAGGCUUUUCAAAGUCAGGUCACUUAUUGAUUCACUUCUCCCCAAAUUUCAGGCUCUCCCUCAAGCUCAAAUGUUAUCUGUUGAUGAGCAAAUGGUGCCAUUCAAAGGCAGAUCAAGUCUAAAGCAGUAUAUCCCUGAGAAGCCAUACAAAUGGGGAUACAAAAUCUUUGUGCUUUGUGACACAGAAGGCCUGGUGCAUUCAUUUGACAUAUUUGCAGGGAAAAUUGGUCCUGCACCAGGACAACCAGACAUUGGGGCAAGUGGAAACAUUGUGCUAAAGCUUGCACAAGAUAUUCAUGAUGCUGCCAAUCACUUGCUGUGCUUUGACAACCGGUUUUCCUCCUUGGAUUUGUUUGUUGCUCUUGCAAACAAGGGGAUACCAGCCCUUGGUACUGUGAAGCAAAGUUGCCUGAAAGGGUGCAGUUUCAGUGAAGACACAGAAAUAAAGAAAAAGAGAAGAGGGACAUUUGAAGAGCAACAGGUUGACGUAGACAAUGUGGAAAUAAGAGCAGUCAAAUGGUUUGACAACAGCGGUGUGAUCGUUGCCAGCACCUUUGCCAGUGCCCGGCCUGUUUCUAACAUAGAAAGAUGGGAUAGAAAGUUGAAAAAGAAAGUGUCUGUGGAAUGCCCAGGUAUCAUCAGCCUGUACACCAAGUUCAUGGGCAGGGUUGAUGCUCUUGAUGCACUGAUUGCAGAUUACCGCAUCCACAUAAGGUCAAAAAAGUACUACCAUAGGUUCUUUUUUCACUUUGUGGAUAUGGUCAUUGUCAACAGCUGGUUGUUGUAUCGGCGUGAUUGUGAGUCACUGAGUGUUCCGAGAAAGAAGCAGAUGGAUUUGCUUGCUUUCAGAACAUCUAUUGCACAGGCGCUCUGCAUGCAAGGCAAGGAUCUGUCAAAAAACAAGAGGGGGCCGCCUUCAUCGGAUGUUGAAAGGGAGUUUGAAAAGAAGAAGCGCCGAGGUCCAGCUAAGGCUAUUCCAACACAGGAAGUCCGUUCAGAUGCUGUGGGUCACUGGCCAGUGGUUGAAAGAGAGCGGCAACGCUGCAAAUUCCCAAAUUGUAAGGGCCAGACUGUGUUCAAAUGUGCAAAGUGCAACGUUCACCUGUGCCUCAACAAAAACAAGAACUGCUUUCGUGAAUUCCACGAGUAAGGCUGUUUCAUGCAAAGACAGUUCAAGUGACAUGCUUGCUCUCCACAUUGGAGAAACAAGGACAGAGUAGGAGUAAAGAUGUCAUGGUGAAAUUUAAGGUGUGCUGAUUGAUUCAUGUCAUCAACUCAUGCACUGAGUAACAUUUCAAGUAAAUGUUCCACCUUAAAACAUGUCGACAGUCAGCCCAAUGAAUGAAGCUAUUUUUUUCUCUUUCAUUUUAUAGUUAUAGUUUUCUGAUGUAUGAUCAGAGGUUACAUAAAACCAGCCGCAACUCAGCCCUGAGCAGAGUGACUGUCCUCUACUGACCAAUCAGACUGCAGGGUUUCUAGCUCCACAUUUUAUUACCAGAUCUGUGUACUAGGUACAAGUGAUGGUGAGAUGAAGCCUCAUGAAGCAUUGAAGCUUUCCAGCAAAUUGGUUAAGAAAAGGGUUCAUUUCUCGAGGCUUCAUGUGCACACGAAACCACCUGCUGGCCAAAGUGUGUAAAACAGGCAGCUGUGACCUUAACCACGUAAUCUGUGAUACACGGUAUUUUGUGUCAGUAAUGGGUGUUGGGAAUAACUAUUAAUAAUAAUAAUAAUAAUAAUAUUAUAACUUUCUUUUUAUCAAUAUAGUGUAUUUUCUAGUGAGUAUAUUAUGACUAUACUGUAUCAAAUAAAUGUACAAUAAACUGUUAUUGUUUUGUGAAUGCAUCCUGUGUGUAUAAACCAAUCAUUUGGCUAAAAAUUGUAUUGUGGUGUAGUGUCAUGUAAUAUAAUAAUGGCAAAGGGGUAAUAUUCGUGUUCUGUGUCACUUCUGUGCAAACCUCGCACCAAGAUCUGAACCACUUCCCGAACCAGUCACAUGGUACAGCCUGACAGCGAGGCUUCGGACGUCAUCAAUGACGUCACUCGUCUGAAACUAUACAAGCCUCGAUACGCACAUCGCGGAAACACUUCCUGGAUUAAGCCUGAUUUAUGGUCCUGCGUUAAAUCAACGACGUCGCUACGUCGUAGGGUAUGUGGCUAUGCAGAAGGCUCGCCGUAGCCCCCGGCGUAGCCUGACGUGCACCUCCCCAAAAAUGUAACUACACGUCGAGGCAACGCAGACCCAGCGCAGACCGAGAGGGCUGUGAUUGGUUUGCUUGGUAGCAACGCAUUUCCGGUUCCGUAUUUCCAGAUUGCGCCAUCCCCGCCAUCUUUAAACAUCUUCUGUUGCGAUGUAGAUGUUGCAGUAUUAAGGCCCAUUUAUGCUCAACGUUCAAUACGGAUACGGAUACGGACGGAGCCGUCUGUCCGUGCUCCGCGUUCAUUUCUCUGUGACCGGAAAAGCCGGAAGCUAAACAAAGAAUCAACUAGAGACGACGAUAACCAUUCAGGAAAGGAACGCAGCCUCCUACCGCUCUGGCGGUGAAUUGCACCGCGACGAAAUGGAGCGACGGAGAAGUUCGAAGGGUUCACGACGGCGUCACGGCAACGACGUAGGUACUUCGUUGAUUUAACGCAGGACCAUAAAUCAGGCUUUACUCAACGCACGCUUAGAAGCAUCGGCACAGCACAUAACAUCACUACUAGGUACCCCAACAGAGAGGUAAACAAAAAUGGGGACGAUACUGAACGGUUCCAUUGGUACCAUCCACAAUUUUUCACAGUGGAAACAGGAAAAAAAAGCGUACUGAACUGAACCGUACCGUACUGCUCGGUGGAAACAGGGCUUUAUUGUUAAAAGUCGCCUUAAAUGAGCCAAUAACAAUCUGACUUUUGGGAAAGCUUGAUGACAUUUAAGAUAUACAUUUAGUUCAUGAUGUUUAAGUAUUUCUUUACUGUACUGUUUUGUUUCUUGCCAUUGUCAUGAUUCAUUCUUUUCUAAAUGAAAGUUUAUAAGUUCUAAGUGAAAAGCUUAUAAAAAAAUUUUUUUUGUAGCAUCAAUAAAAUCUCCAUACCUCA